GACCCUUCUAUUUCGAUCUACUUCUUCCUAACCUUCCAUCAAACCCUAGGGUCGUAGCGACGACGACGGACACUGAGACGGGAUGAGAAAAGUGUGUCGCUGGAAGAAAUCCGUCGAUGGCAGGAGAGGAGGAAGUAAGAAGAAGGGGGGUAGACAAAACAUCGCCGGCGACGGAGGCUGAAGAACGGUCAACGGUAGGCUCAUAUGUAUUUUUGUUUUUCCUUUCAUGGUUGUUUAUCUGGUUUCUGGGUUCUGAUAUAUUUUUUUUGGGUUUCGGUCGAGUGGUGGAGGAGGAGGGAUUCUUUAGUCGUCGAGAUCUCCGGCGGCAAAGUUCCGACGACGUCAGGUGAGAAUUUUAUUUUUUUAAAAUUUUUAUUUACUUGGAUUUGGGUCGGCAUUGACCCUUCUAUUUUUGUUUCGACAAGAUCUGUGAAUGGACAGAUUUGGGUAAGGAUCUCUAAAACUCAGCUCAUUGUGAUAAGGGAAUUUGCAUAAAAUUGGAUUAUUGGAAUCGGUUUACAGAUCAGUGAUUUUGGAAAUAUGUUGUGUAUGUGUUUUGGAGUUUUCUGUGUUUGGUGGAUUUUAUCUAUGGUUUCGGAUCCAGCUCUAGAUAUGCUAGAAGUUGCUAAA